UAUACAAAAUUUCCAUUUAUUAUUGGAGCAACAUAUCUCAAAAAGUAAAACUAACUAGAUAGAUAUGAUAUGAGUUUUGGAUCUUUCUGGUUCAAUUCUGGAUUUUUCCUGGAACCUUUCUCUGUUCUGGUUUUUCCAUUCCUUAUUCAGACUAUUAUACACUAUAGGUUCAAAUCAGCUUUGACUUGGCUAAAGAUCUGGGGCUGCAGUGAUUUGAUCAAUCAAAGUAGUUGAACUGAAGACUCCAUAGAUCACCAAAAUGGCUAUUAAUGGUGUAAGAGAACCCUUACUUCCAGAACAAGUUGAUCCUAAUCCCCAAUCAAGGAGGAAAGAUGCUCCAAAGAGAAAGAGAUUUCGGCGCUGUAAAAGCGCGCCUAUGGUGGAUUUUGUUCCCUUGGAUAAACUAGGCACAGAUGAUUCAAUUCCAAGGCCUAAUUCCAUGUUUGGGAUUGGACCCCCAAGUUUUUGUAAAGUGAUCAUCUUCCUGUGCUUCUACUUAGGUGUGGGAACGAUAUUCUUCUAUGCGGUGAGGAACCAGCUCGAUGGAAAAAAGACUGAUGGAGUUCUUGAUGCUAUCUAUUUCUGCAUUGUGACAAUGACUACCGUCGGAUAUGGAGAUUUGGUGCCUAGCAGCAAUGCUACAAAGCUGCUUGCUUGUGCCUUUGUUUUCACAGGAAUGGCUCUAGUUGGCUUGACCCUAAGCAAAGCAGCAGACUACUUGGUGGAGAAGCAAGAAUCAUUGCUUGUGAAAGCCUUGAAUAUGAGAAGAAAAGUUGAUCAUGCUGAGGUUCUGAAAGAGGCUCAGACUAACAGAGCCAGAUCCAAAUGCAUUCUGGUGUUUAUAGCUCUUCUGGUGCUUAUGACUGGUGGAACAGUUUUUCUAAUUACUGUUGAGAAAUUGGACCCUGUGGAUGCAUUUUAUUGUGUGUGUUCUACCAUUACCACUUUGGGAUAUGGAGAUAAGAGCUUCUCAACCAAAGGAGGGCGUGUUUUCGCAAUAUUCUGGAUAUUGAUAAGUACCAUUUGCUUAGCUCAGUUUUUCCUAUAUAUUGCUGAGCUAAACACUGAGAACAGACAAAGGGAUUUGGUUCAUUGGGUUCUUACUCGUCGGAUGACUAAUGUAGACUUAGAAGCUGCUGAUCUUGAUGAUGAUGGAAUUGUUGGGGCUGCAGAAUUUGUGAUAUAUAAGCUCAAAGAGAUGGGGAAGAUCAGUCAUGAAGAUGUAUCACAAAUAUUGGAGGAGUUUGAUGAUCUUGAUGUUGAUCAAUCAGGAACUUUGUCAGUCUGUGAUAUAAAUCUAGCACAAUCCUCUCCACCUCAUCAGAAAAAUAUUGAUUAACAUGAUUUGAUCUUUCACUUGUACAGCAAUGUGUGCAGAAAAUGAGGUGAAGACUUAGUUUAUGUACUAUUAAAGUCUGAAAAUAUCUAUUGGAGUUUCUUAUAUAAAGUAAAUAUUAUCUGAGGAAAAGCCAAUGUAUAACAUGUUUCAGUGUAACAUGGUGACAAUUGUUUUGUGAAAUCAAAGCUUUUUGAGUUUA